GUGUGGAUGGCAGAGCAGAAAAUAUCCUAUGAUAAGAAGAAACAAGAAGAAUUAAUGCAACAGUAUCUGAAAGAACAGGAAUCCUAUGAUAAUCGAUUACUUAUGGGCGAUGAACGUGUGAAGAAUGGUCUUAAUUUCAUGUAUGAGGCCCCACCUGGAGCAAAGAAAGUUUUAAAAGAUGAUUCUGGUGUUACAGGAUCUCAAGAAGGAGAGACUGAAUACAAAUUUGAAUGGCAAAAAGUCGCCCCUCGAGAGAAAUAUGCUAAGGAUGAUAUGAAUAUCAGAGAUCAGCCGUUUGGUAUCCAGGUGCGGAAUGUAAGAUGUAUUAAAUGCCACAAGUGGGGUCAUGUAAACACUGAUCGAGAAUGUCCCUUGUUUGGCCUUUCUGGAAUUAAUGCGAGUUCCGUCUCCAGUGAUGGUUCAG